AUGCCAGAGACUACCCGUUUAUUUCGCGUAAAGCAGAGGUCUUGUGGUGCGAAUUCGCUACCUUGUAUCUUGCGCUCGUCACCGAUAACGUUUGUUUUUCUACAGAGCGGCGGCGCUUUAACACAGGGAACUGCUCGCUCUGCGGGCGCUCGUGUAGCGUUCCGGCUCAGAGCGCGUGCCGCUCUGUCAUCGCUUGCACAACCAGCGCGCCUUGCAUGGACGUGCGCUGGGCAAAAACAGGUCCAGUUUCAAGCUACGUGCUCGCGAGUCGGGUUUCUGGGUCGGUUUCCGUCACGCAAGGCGAUCUCGCAAGCAGCGCGUCGGUGCAGCAGGUUACGUAUGGCGGGCGUUAGCGCUGACGGCCAAGCGCGCUUGCAGAGUCGACGCGAGCGUGCCAUAGCCCUGCUCAAGCGGCUCAAAGAACUCGCGGUUCCGUUCUGGACCGAGCCGAGCAGUCGCAACGCCGCGUGGCGGUGGACACUGGGAACACUGGCGCUGGCGUUCGUCUGCACCCUCUAUGCCGUUUCGUUGUCGUUCAUUCAGCGCUUCUUCUGGAACGCGUUGAACGCGAAGGAUGCGGUGAAGUAUCAAAAAUUCUUGGUUCUCUACGUUGCGGCACUCAUCGCAGGGCCCCCGUUUCUGACGCUGUUCGAGUGGAUGAGACAACGAACCGCCCUGGUGUGGCGUCGCUUCCUCACCGAGCGCCUUCUCGGCGGAUACUUCCAUGACCGCAAGUAUUAUACAAUCAAUAUUCUGCGAUUACAGAACAAUGAGACCGUUCAUGCAACGCCAGCGACGUCCGCAGGUGGCGUUCGUGUCGUGCAAGAUGCUCUCGAUAACGUCGACCAGCGAAUUAGCGAGGACAUUCGCGCGUUUACGGAACGUGCCGUUGGAUUCGGAUGCACCGUGGUGAUCGCAUUAUUUGACUUUUUACUGUUCAGCGUGAUUUUGUUCCGCAUCCGCGCACAGCUGUUUCUGCUGCUUGUGCUGUACUCGACCAUUGGGACGGCGGUGACGUUGUGGCUAGGCGGCCGACUCGUGCACCUGAAUUUCGCCCAGCUCCGACGAGAAGCAGAUUUUCGGUACGCGCUUGUUCGCGUUAGAGAGAAUGCCGAGUCGAUCGCGUUCUACGGCGGCGAGGAACAGGAGCAGCGCGCAGUCUCGCGUCGGUUCCGGGCCCUCUUCGACAAUAUGAUCCAACUGCUGCGAUGGCAACGGAACGUGACCUUUGCAACGACCUGGUAUCGCUAUCUGAUCCAGGUGGUACCCGCUCUGGUCGUCAGUAGGGACUACUUUUCUGGUCGCAUACCGCUAGGUGCAUUGAGCCAAGCGUUUUUCAGCUACAAUCAUGUGCUGAACGACUUGUCCCUGGUUGUGAAUGAAUUCGUCGGCCUUUCUGCGUUCGCUGCCGCAGUGAAUCGGCUCUAUGAAUUGCACUGCGCUGUGGAGCCGCGGCUGCUCGCUGGUCAGCGCCACGAGCGAGACGCCGGGUCACAGGCCGACACGGAAGGCAUCGUGACGCUGACAGGGAACGGCACGGCUGCUGGCGUCAAGCCAGCAGCUUUGCGUCUGGAGAAGCUGACGAUCUACACACCCGAAGGCCGACGGCGGCUCGUUGACCAGCUGGAUCUCAUGCUUGAGGAUGGCGCACGCAUCUUGCUCAUGGGUGAGAGCGGCGUGGGCAAGUCGUCCACGGUGCGGGCAAUCGCCGGCCUCUGGAAACGGGGCAGCGGCGUCGUGUACCGGCGCCCGCAUCCGCGGAAUACGCUUUUCGUUCCCCAGCGGCCGUAUUUGAUGUUGGGCACCCUCCGCGAGAAUCUCUUUUAUCCGCUGCAUGGAGAGGAUGCGGCCAACGUUGAUGAGAAGACGAUUCGGAACGUUCUGGUGCGCGUCAACCUGCCCGACCUUGUAGAUCGAUUAGGCGGACUCGACGUCGAAGCCGACUUUGCCGCCAUUCUUUCGCUUGGCGAGCAACAACGGCUUGCAUUUGCGCGCCUUUUACUGCAGCCGGAGCCUGUGCAGCUUGCGAUUUUGGAUGAAUCAACCAGUGGCUUGGAUGUCGAAAACGAACGCCGUCUCUAUGAGCUCUUGCGGGAGAUGGGUAUUAGCGUGUUGAGUGUUGGGAAUCGGCCGACGCUCAUCCGGUACCACAAUCAAGUUAUCCGGCUUUUUGCCAAUGGCAGUUGGCAAAUCGAAUCGCCAUCAGAGGCGGUAGAGCACCUCCUCGGCAGCAGCUUGCUUGAUUAG